CGCGCCGUUCGCCGGUUAUACGGGUUCACGCGCUUUUCUCUCCGUAGAGAGACGGAAGCUCCGCGAAGAGAGGAACACAGAGGUCCUCGCGGGUACACACCUACCGACGUAUCGUCGUGCUUUGCCGAGGAGGUAGCCCGGGUGCGUAGGGGUGGAAUUCACGGCAGCGACGCCGACGGGAUACCACCUUGGGGUGUUCAUCGUUCACCAAUGAACGCGGGGUGUCGCCCUCAGGGACAGCAUCGCGGCGGCAACUGCAGCAGCAGCACCAGGAAGCGACGGCACUGCGACGGCACGAGGGAGGACUUCCGGCGCGCAAGCACCUGCAGAGCGUCCAGCGAUUUGAGCGGCGACCAUGGGACUCGACUUCCUGGCAGACGGAGGUGUCGACUUCGAGCAUGCGAUCACCGUAACAGGUUUUGGGAGGUUCCACUACACGCUGUUGACCAUUUGCGGUCUGAUUUACAUGGACACGGCGAUCGGGGUGACAAUACUCUCGUUCGUACUUCCUGCGGCACAAUGCGACCUCGAGAUGGACUCCACUGCGAAAGGUUGGCUGACCGCCUCUCCGAUGCUAGGUAUGUUAAUUGGAUCGUAUAUAUGGGGAUGCCUGGCUGACACAAAGGGUAGGAAGAUCGUGUUAAUCGCCACUCUGCUGAUGGACGGCAUCGUGGGCAUCGCAUCUUCGUUUGUUCAAUACUUCUGGGUGUUUCUGAUAUUCCGGUUCUUCAAUGGCUUCGCUAUAACAGGUGCUAUGGGCAUCUGCUUUCCGUAUCUUGGCGAAUUUCAACCCACAAAAUUCCGCGAACGUUGUCUCUGCUGGAUGGAGAUGUUUUGGACGGUCGGGGUGAUAGUUCUGCCGCUGAUCGCCUGGCUGAUCAUCCCCAUGGACCUCACUAUCGUGAGCGAGACGUUUUACUUCAAGUCUUGGAAUCUCUUCGUCGCGCUCUGCGCUCUGCCGUCGCUCAUGCUUGGUCUGUGGCUGUUCGCCUUCCCUGAGAGCCCGAAGUUCCUGCUGGAGUGCGGCGAAACCGACGCCGCCCUCGAGGUGUUCAAGUGGAUUUAUUCGCGGAACACCGGCGCCGAUCCGGAGACCUAUCCGGUGAAGUCUCUACAAGAGAAGACAAAGAAUCAGGAUAAAAACACCAGGGCGCUGAAGCUUCACAAGCGCAAGGAUCUAAAGGUUCUAUUCGCGGAAAUACGUGAUCUAACGAACGCGCUCUGCAAACCACCCUAUUUGCGGAACACCGUGCUCGCCUGCGCCAUUCAAUUCGGACUCACCAGCAGCUAUUACACGCUGAUGGUCUGGUUUCCGGAAUUAUUCACCAGAUUCGAGCAAUUCGAGCAAGCGAACCCGGGGGAGACCACGUCGGUGUGCAUAGUUUCCGCCCUGUCAGACAACACAACCUUCUUUGACCCUUACGGAUGCGACACGAUAAUCGCACCUUCUGUUUAUCUGCACACCGUGUACAUUGGCCUCGCGUGUAUUCCCGGCUCAAUCAUUCUACCCCUCUUCGUGCACAAGCUAGGCGCGAAGUUCUUCUUGAUCGUGUCGCUAGUGGUCUCCGGCGCGGUGACGGUAGGCUUCUACUACGUGGUGAACUCGACGCAGAACCUGGUGCUCUCGUGCGUGUUCGAGGCUCUCACGUCCCUCGGAAUCUCUCUAGUUUACUGUGUGAUCGUCGACAUGUUCCCGACAAAUCUCAGAGUAAUGGCCGCGGCUUUAUCACUGACGGUGGGUCGUUUAGGUGCUUUGAUCGGCAACCUAGUGUUCGGUUAUCUGAUCGAUUUAGCCUGUGUGAUUCCCAUCAUACUGUUCGCCGUGUUUCUCUUUGCCUGCGGUUUCUUCUCGUUUCUAUUGCCGAAAACUGGGAAGGACACGCUGGAUUAACAGAUCGAGUGAUCUUUCUCGGUUUUGCACGGACGACCACAAGAAUACGUACCACUCUCUCUUUUCUUGCGGUGCAUAUUGUAUUUAUUAAUAAAUUUAUUUUAAAAAAA